CAAAUCAACUGCAGAUAUUUCUAAUAACCAUUAUUACAAUGACAAAUUCUAUUACAUUCUUUUGGGUUGUUGCUGUGACGUCUGUAUUGGCUCAACCAGAAUACACCACUCCUGGUGGCAUCUUGGUGACUAAUUGCCACAAGGGCUGCACAGAGGUUGCAGUUCAUGAAUCUAAUUGCUAUCCUCCUUGUGAUAGUAGCAAGUACGAGCGUUGUGUUUUAGAAACGAAGAUGUUGGAACCUUCUUGUUUCCCACAGAACCAGACGACUAGUUAUUUGCCUGAAGUCAAAAGACCUUACGUCUGCCGAUGUUAUCCUUGCUUGUACAGAAACGAAAACAGAGUUUGCAUGCCAGCUUGUCCGCAACCAGAAGAAGAAACCUGAUUGCCUAACCCUUAUCAAAGAUAAUUCAUAUUGACAAAGAGAAGAAAGCAAUGUUUGGGCCUCCAGUACCUUCAGUCAUAUAACAAUGUACUUCAUAGUAUGUGAUGUAUUCGAAAAGAAUUCAUAUUAGAAUAUGUUAUUAGAUUCUAUAAUUUAAGUAAAAUGUGUUUUAUAUCAAACAGGAUUUGCUACAGCCCUAAAAAUUCAAAAAUUCAAAUGAAUUGAAAAUGUAUUGUUCUUUAGUGAUGCAGUAGAUAUUAGCUUUCCACAUUUUGUCAGCUUGAGCAGUUAUCUAUAGUUUUGUUCGCAGAAAUAGUUUUAUUCACUCAUAUAUAUAUAUAUAUAUAAACCCCUCUG